AAAUUAGCAAGCAAACGCGAUCACUGGGAAAUUGUAUUCUCUGGAGCUUUGUUGUCAACAGCUAAAACCUGAAGGCAGCAUUUUUGUAUAUGGCCGAAGCCAAGGCUAGUUUAGUAUCCUGUGCAAAGAAUGGGGGAAAAUGAUCACCUCAAGAUGUCGUCUGAGGACGAAGAACAGCCUGAGAGCCCUCCUGGCUCCCCUUGGUCUUGGAUUCUAUUGAUGAAAGAUCCUGGUUGGAUUCGAAACGUCUGGACUCGCAAUCUAAAUGUCCAAACCAUGAACUACGUUGGACAGUUAGCAGGGCAAGUGUUUGUAACUGUGAAGGAACUCUACAAGGGACUAAACCCAGCCACGCUGUCGGGAUGUAUUGAUGUAAUUGUUGUACGUCAGCCGGAUGGAAAUCUUCAGUGUUCUCCUUUCCACGUCCGCUUUGGGAAAAUGGGAGUUCUGCGUUCCAGGGAGAAAGUGGUUGACAUAGAAAUUAAUGGAGAGGCUGUAGAUUUGCACAUGAAACUAGGAGACAAUGGAGAAGCCUUUUUUGUGCAGGAGAUGGAUAACAAUCAGGAAGUAAUUCCUUAUCAUCUCUCUACGUCCCCCAUUCUGUCUGAGGGAACUGUGUUAAUGGAAGCUCAGCUGAAGAGGAACUCAAUUGACAGGAUAAGAAACCUGGACAACAGUGUAUCCUCACAAGUACCACCCCAAGCUCAUGGAUCCCAGCCUGGUAAUGAAACAUCUCCAGUCUGUAGCUCUGUGAAAAAGAGAAGGAAAAAGAGGAGGAAGUCUACCCACAAAAUAGACAGCUUAAAAAGAGAAGACAUUGGAGACACAUCAGAAGAUGAAGACAUGUUUCCUAUAGAGAUUAGCUCAGAGGAAGAAAAGGAACCAUUGGACAACUCAAGGAUUCUUGUUCCGGAUGUGUUUGUUGAUGACGUAUCUGAUAUAAAGGCACCUGCUGUGUCUACUUAUUCUCAGUCCUCAUCAUACCCUCGUUCGGAUGGGGAAUGGUCACCUAUUCAAAGUAAACCUAUAGAUUGCACAGGGCAAUCCUCUCUUCUCACUGUUCCAGUAGAUGGUGGCCUGUCUAACUCUUGUCCUCAUCAGUCUUCUCAUUUUUCUCCUCCAGACAGUCCGUCAGGCUCACGUCCUCCUACUCCUCAAAGUGAUUCAGAAUUAGUCAGUAAAUCUACAGACAGGAGUGGACUAAAGAAUCCACACAUGCACUGGGCCUGGGGAGAGCUACCACAGGCUACGAAGACGAGUUCUUUGAUCAAAGCUAAGGAACCCAACACAAUAGAUGUAAAUCCUUCUGAAAGCACUCACUUUCGGGUCAUCCAGAGUGCUCCUAUAGAGGAGUUUAAUGGUGUGUCUCCUCUACCUGUCCUUGGACAGACUGAUGCAGCAACUGCUGAUGAAACUGAGCCCUUGCCAGCUGAGACAAAUAAGCCAGAGACAGAAUCUGCAGGAGCAGCUGUACUAUCGUUGCCUGCCAAUGAGGAUAUAAAACAAGCUGCGGCUUGCUCAGCUCAGGCAGUUGGCAAGAUGGAUUCUCCUUCCAGAAAGAAAGACAAACGAAGCCGGCAUCUUGGUGCUGACGGUGUCUAUUUAGAUGACCUUACUGACAUGGAUCCAGAAGUUGCUGCGCUUUACUUCCCCAAAAAUGGAGAUAACAUACAAAACAGAAAUGCAAAUGACACAGGGCCACGGUCUGCCACCCAUUCUCCACAGUCUUUUGGGAGCUCAGGUGCUGACAGUGGUGUUGAAAGCACCUCAGACGGAGCCAGAGAUUUGCCCUCCAUUGCCAUUUCUCUCUGUGGAGGCCUCACGGACAACAAAGAGAUAACCAAAGAAGAAUUCUUAGAACAUGCAGUAACAUAUCAGCAGUUUGUGGACAAUCCUGCUAUCAUUGAUGACCCCAACCUUGUGGUUAAGAUUGGAAAUAAGUACUACAACUGGACAACAGCUGCUCCCCUUCUGCUGGCAAUGCAGGCAUUCCAGAAACCUUUGCCAAAGGCCACUGUGGAAUCUAUAAUGAGAGACAAGAUGCCCAAAAAAGGUGGAAGAUGGUGGUUUUCCUGGAGAGGGAGAAACAGCACUAUUAAAGAGGAAACAAAGGCAGAACAAGGUAUGAGUGGGAGUAGACUUAAAGGAGAAGACUCUUCACAGAUGAGCUUGGCAAACAGAAUAAAAGAUGAAUCUUCUUCGAGCGAUGAAGACCCUAGAGCUGCCAAACAAAACCUUGGGUCAUUACAAGCCAACUCGAGUCAUCUCUCAUUAUUGUCUGGAAUCAGUUACAAAAAAACACUUCGACUAACUUCUGACCAGCUUAAAAGCUUAAAGCUGAAGAAUGGUCCCAAUGAUGUGACCUUUAGUGUUACAACACAAUAUCAAGGUACUUGCCGCUGUGAAGGCACCAUUUACCUGUGGAAUUGGGAUGACAAGGUUAUAAUUUCUGACAUAGAUGGAACCAUUACACGGUCAGAUACUUUAGGUCAUAUUUUACCUACUCUUGGCAAAGAUUGGACACACCAAGGGAUUGCGAAGUUGUACCAUAAAGUGAGCCAAAAUGGAUAUAAAUUUUUGUAUUGCUCAGCACGUGCUAUUGGAAUGGCAGACAUGACCAGAGGAUACUUGCACUGGGUCAAUGAACGUGGAACUGUGCUGCCACAGGGGCCAGUGUUGCUGAGUCCGAGCAGCUUAUUCUCAGCUUUGCACAGGGAAGUGAUAGAGAAAAAGCCAGAAAAAUUCAAAGUUCAAUGUUUGACAGACAUAAAAAACUUGUUUUAUCCCAACACAGAACCCUUUUAUGCUGCUUUUGGAAACAGACCCGCUGAUGUUUACUCAUACAAACAAGUGGGUGUUUCUUUAAACCGAAUAUUUACAGUCAACCCCAAAGGAGAACUUAUACAAGAACAUGCAAAGACAAACAUCUCAUCCUAUGUCAGACUGUGUGAAGUAGUAGACCAUAUUUUCCCUUUGCUGAAAAGAAGCCAUUCUUCAGAUUUCCCUUGUUCCGAUACCUACAGUCAGUUUACCUACUGGAGGGAACCUCUGCCACCUUUUGAAACUCAGGAUGUACAUCCAGACUCAUCUUAACUGCAUCUCCAAACUGUCAGCCUCAGAGCAAAGAAAGCGCUAGCUCACAUUGCAAGAACAUCAUUUGGCUUUUACUGUUGACAGUUCAGCUGGAAUCUGUGAUGCUGUUUUCAUUUGCCGUAAGCAAACUUAGAAAUGCUUCCUCAUACUUAGUCACACUUCCAGAUGACAAGAGUGAGCUGUACCAGGAAUGGGAGUUACAUUCCUCACUCUUCACUCAGCAACUCAAAUCAUGCUGUGCAGUUUCAUUACUUAAAUAAAAGUGCAGUGAUGAUAGAGUUGCGGUUAGAUCUGUCAUAAGAUCAUUAAGUGGUUCUGUAUCCUUUGUGUAUCACUGAAGUUGUCUUUCAUCUCAUCAGACACCACUGUCAGCUGGGGAGUUGGAGGCACUUGCCAGUCCUGACAUCAUUUUGUGAUACGUGUUGCAGUCUGUAUGCCAGAUUCCACCCUCUGAAAGGGCAAAUGAUUGAGCAGGGGGAUUGGACCAGAUGGCUUCCAGAGGAACCUGAACUAGUUACUGAACUAGGUCCUCAGCUGUUGUGAACUGGUGUAGCCAUCAGUGCCAGUGGAGCUGUGUUCAUUUAUUCCAUCCUACUAUUUUGAUCUGAUAACACUUUUCUGUGUGGAAAUAAAUCAUGUGCAAUAUAAAUGGAAAGUAAAAUAAAUAAGAUGACCUGAUCCUGCUAGUCAUCUUACUGAGAAGUAGUGCACUUCAGGAAAAGGUAUUUGGAUUAAGAUAAGUGUGACGGUGUAAGAUGCAGGCUGCUGUGUGUAGUGCCCAUCUUACGGGAGUCUGUGGUUUGGCUUCAGUGAUUUUGUUUUUUCCUCAUUGAAGACGUCUUGCUCAGCAUAUGUGCUGAGUUUCAAGACAUUGCUGAGCCAAGAGAACUGAGGAUUUUGUCAAAAUGGAAUAGUUGUAUUUGAAACAUUAUUUUUGGUUAAAAUGUGAACUUUAAUGCUGGUGAGUGAUGCAUCUCAGGUUUUUACUGUAUGGAUCUUUUUGUUGUUUUUGUAUCAUAAAGAAUGGAUACUGUAGUGCCAUUUACUUUCUCCAAGAGACUGAAAUCUCCUCUUCCAUAUUUUUUUCCAUUCAUUUGUUCAGACACAAUCUGUAUGUACUGUUUUUGCUACUUGCUCUUAACUGCCUUAAGAUUUAACUAUGUGUGAUAGAAGCAAUACUGCAGAUCAGUUGAUAGUGUUUUCCAAAUGAUCUGCCUUUAUACAAUGUGGUACUUUGCUUUAAAAUGUACGCAUCAAAUAAUGACCAUAUGCCAAAUACUUCUUAAAUUGAACUUGUAGCUAAGAAAGUGAUGUUUUUCUCCUCUUUUUAAAGUACACUUAAAAAUCUAAUUGUUCUCUGAAACACUAAAAAUGACAUCAUGGGAUUCUGUGUAUGUAGGAUUUCAGUAUGGCUGAAACAGUGGUUAGCAAGCUGUGGUCUCUGCCGGCUUGUGAUCUGUCAGGCUGUGGUGCACGUUUUGCAGCUAUUUUGCAGUGUUUUCAAUUAAGAGUUUAGGCAGAAUGGUCCAGGAGAAAUUUUAAGAUGUGUUUGUGGUUGGUUAGCACCCAAAGGUUUGGGAACAGCUGUUAUGUAUCACAUUUGUUCUCUUUCAACAAAUUCUGCUUUUGCAUGUCAAAAGAGUGAUAACAACAUAGUUAGGAUGGUAAUUCUAUAAAUGGGGCUUUCUGACUUUUAGUGCUGCAGACUUUAUCUGAGAUGUCAGGGGGCCAAUUUACGAUUUUCCUGUGCCUUCAAUAGUAAUUACUAAGCACAGCCCUUUGCACAGCUGCAGUGUGCGCAGCUGCAGUUGUGCAGUGGUGAGCCCUCCGUCUUCCUUUUUGCAUGAACGUUGCUGAUUCGGAGUACAUCCACUUUGGAGAUACCGGAAUUAAUAGACAAACACAAAGAGGGAGAAAUGUGUGUUCAGUAACCCAGACUGAUUAUGCUCUCCUUGCAAAUUUAAUGAAAAUGCAAAUUGACUGUCAGAAAGCCUGUAUCACAUUUCUCAAACCUUUAAGACAAUCAGUGAGGAUCUCAGGUUACCAAGCUGAAAUGGUUGCAUCUCUAAAUAUAGCCACAGUUUCUUUCAAGUAUCUGUUUAUAGUUGUCACUAAUGAUUGAAUUAAUGGAUGAAUACACUGAUUCCUAUUUAAUUCAGUUUUGGCAAUGGUCUGUUUCAACCCAUUUGUGAUGCAAAAUUAAACCAACCCUUCUUUUCGGUCAGAAGCUGUCAGUUUUUUAUUCUUCAUUUGCACACAGCAACUUCUGCCAUAAGAAAAAUUCCAAGAGAUAUCUGCAACUGAAGCCUAUGUAGUUUUUAUUUAUGACUUAAACAAUCCCAGAUAACAAUCCCUAUUUUUCUAUUUCAUCGGAGUGUAUUUCAACCCAAAUAGUGUGAACAGGGGGUUGUUUUAAUUCUGUCACUUUCAUAGGCAUAGAGCCACGCUGGUACAGGUAGGCCUGAGAUGCUGUGAAAUCCCCACCUGGAGGUGUUUUGUUUUUUUUUUUUUGGUUAAGAGGGCUGGGUCUGACUUGAUCUCAUAUUGCCAAACAUCUGCUGCAAGCAUGAAGUUGGACUACAUGACCUCCAGGGGUCCCUUCUGACCAACGUUUCUAUGGUUCUGUGACAUUAACGCCUUAUGUGUGACAUACGGUAUAUCCCCCUUUGUAUCUGAAAGUUUAAAUAUAGCUGAAGAGGAACACAAAUGUCUUUAUAUUAUAACUUGUGCUUAUCAAAAUUGCUGACUAAAAAGAUAGUUAAGAAAAUCCAAGUUUUGGCCUGUUAGAAACAUUGUUAAACUUUUGAAGAGAGAAUAAGAUAUCUUGGUUUGGUAGCCGAGCAAUUUUAUGCGUAAUAUUUGAACUGCUUUGUUAAUUCAUACAGAAGAAAAAAAAAAAAAAGCAUGGUUUAACAAAUUCCUACUCUUUCUGUGAAAGAAAAAAUCAACUUUCAGUGUAGUGCUGGUUUCUGUUACAGAAAGAAUAUUUGGUGAACGUAAAUAUGCAGGCACGUGAAUUCGCUGCAUGUUCUAUUUAUACAAUACUCACAAACCAGGAUGUGCAGCAAUGAGGAGUGACUGAUGUUUAUUUUUCAUGGAGCUGAUGACCAUACUGCUCCAGCUGUGUCAUUUGAGUGACAGAAUACCACGCUUGAUGUAUUAGUUGUGUUGAGGUUAAAAUGUUACUGCUGUAAUAUAGGGUGAGAGGAAGAGGGUACUGGGUAUUUUUAUUUGUAGAUAUGGGUUAUUAUUUCACAGCCUAUUUAUAUACAGUAUUUACUCUGUAUAUGUAUGUGCUACUGCAAUGAUGAAAAUCGUUUUAACGCCUCAUUUUGAUCUGCUGAAUGCAACAUAUAUUACAACAUAUAUUGUAAUAAAGGCAAAUACAAAAA